AUUGAUGUAAUUUAAAUAAUACUCGAAAUUACAAGUAUACCAAAACCAAUAAUGAUCAACACUGAUUUUCAUAUCGCUCCAAUUCAGGAAUUCAAUGGCAGAACCAAUAGAGAUAUUUACCUCUGACUCAGAUGCAUGGGACGAUUCAGCAUUAAUCAAAGCCUGGGACUCAACAAUUGAUUCAUUUAAAACAGAAUUAUUGGAUAAUGGCACUACUGCAGCAAAAUCUGACAACAAGAAUUUUGUUAAGCCUAACACAAAUCAUUUAUCCUCAAAGAAGAAAAAGAGAAACAAGAAAAAGAAAGUUCCAACAGUUAACAGUUGGGAGGUUGGUGAACACUGUCAGGCUAAGUAUAUUGACGAUGGAUUGUUUUAUGCAGCAGAAAUUGUUGCUCUCUGUGAAACGUUUGCAACUGUCUGUUUUACUGAAUAUGACGAGGAAAAUGAUGUUAUGUUAUCUGACUUGAAGAAACUUCCUGUAAAAUCCCCUGAUAUUCAGACCAACGAGUUCCCUUUUAAACCCCAUGGUGCGCACAAUAGCUGGAAUCAUCAAUAUUAUCCUCCACCACCUAAUUAUUCUAUGCCCCCUCCACCACCUCCAUGUCCAAUUCAUCACCACAGUCCUUACAACAUGCACAAUCAGUCCACCACAGGCCACACUCAUGGACCCAUUCCUCAGCCACCAUGUCCACCACAUCCCUUUUCUAGUAGCAAGUGUUCAGAUGAGGCACUUGCAGCAAUGCUUAUGUCAUGGUAUAAAACUGGAUUUACCACCGGAUAUUAUCAAGCUCUAAGAGAACACAAUAUUGUACCCAAAGAUAGCCCAAAAGCUCCAAUUUGAUCAAAUUAAAAGAAAAGUUGACAUAUUUAAAGUGAUUGUGGACAGUUUUUACUGAUUCUUUUAUUGCCGUUUUUAACAACCAAUUGGAUUAUGGUCACAAAUAAUUAUUAUCUAUUCCCUUCAUUUGGUCAACCUGUCAAGAUAUCUUUUUUCCACUAUUAUAGUUGAUUUCUACCAAUCUAUUUAGAUAUGAAUUAUUUUAAAAAUUACAUAAUUCGUUAUUUAUUUGUUACAAAGCAAUUGUUUUCAUGUUUCUACCUAUAGUGCAGAUACUGCUUCUAUCAAAUAAAACUCUUUCCUUACUCAAGUUUGAUCAGAAAGCAUCUGGCAUUUAAUGAGACUCAACAAUUAUUCAGAUUACUAAUUACGGUACACCUAUAUAAUGGAUAUUUAUAUUGUGGAUGGAUAUAAUCAUAGACAAAUUUUGUUCUUAAAUAACAGAAUCCCAAAGAUUAUUCUGAAUGUGAACAAAAGGUAACCAUAUCUUCUUUUAUGGAAAGUCGUAGCAAUACUGCUUACAAUGAGCUGUUGUCCUCCCAAGAGUCAUAGCUUCCUAGAUAACAGUGAGUACCAAUGCAAAGGGACCUUUGAAAAAGUUGAUGAUCUUGAAAUGUAUGUUUCUGGCUCUGGUGAGAAAUGCGUGAUCUGGAACUACGAUAUAUUCGGAUUUGAUGGUGGUAGAACAAGACAAAACGUUGACCUGUUGGCCAGCCAUGGUUUUAUGGUCAUCCUUCCCGAUUACUAUCGUGGUUUUUUCAUCACUCCAACUGAUCCUGGUCUUAUGGAUCACAUAAAGAAGUACUCCUACAGUAAAUUAGAGCCAGAUGUCAAAAGAGUUCUGAGCUUUGCUCGAAGCAGAGGAGCUACAACUUUUGGGUCUGUAGGCACCUGCUGGGGGAGUUUUCUUGUCAUGAAACUCUCAGCAUUUCCUGAUUUCAAGGCUGGGGUUAGCAUGCAUCCCUCUCACCCAAAAAUGAUGGAGUUGUUGGAGGACAGUGAGGAAGAGGCUUACAAGCAAGUACAAUGUAAACAACUCUUUAUGAAUGCAGGGAAUGAUCACGAGAAUCUGUUUCCUGGUGGCCUUGCAGACAAAGUUUUAGGAGAAAAGCUUACAAUUGAAGAGUUUCCUGAUAUGGUUCAUGGCUGGUCUAUGAGAGCAGAUCUCAGUGAACCCAAGAGUAAGCGUGAUGUCAACAGAGCUGUUAAUUUGUAUCUAGAAUUCUUCGAGAAUAAUUUGUAAAACUGAAAGUAGUUUGAAGGAAGGGAAUGUUUUGGCUGAAUUGAUUUUGGGGUUAAGGUUAGGGGUGUUCAGGGUGACUAAUUUCUGUGGUUUAUAGUAUUUUUAAGAAGAAUUUUUUAUUUGGGAAGAACUGGGGUUAAAUCUAUUGUAGGGAUUAAUUUAUUCAGCGAAUCAUUUAAAAUAAUGUAUCAGCAGUUUUAUGCACCUUAGUUUUUAUCUAUUUAUUGCAAAUCAAACACAUAACAGUAACAUUUAGAGAGCAGUGGUGUCCAAGAUGGUGGAUCAUUAAAAUUGUGGGACAACUGACAAUAAGUCAUUCUCUUUUAGUUUGACCUUGUCAAAAGAUUGAAUCAGCUGCUUGAAUGUUUGUACUAAGUGUGCACGAUUGUAACCCGAAUUGAAUCAUUUUUCAAUUUCAAACGGUUGCUCAGUUUUUAGGAGUUCGUUUUGAAACCAGACAGAAACACCAUAAAAUCCACAUGAUCCAACUUCUGAGAACCCACUGUUAUGACAUUGAUAAUUUAUUGCUCGAUGAUUUGUUUGCUUUUUGAUGAGAUAUUAAGUAGGCAUUUAUUUAUGUAUAACCUUUAUAUUUUUUGGCAA